AUGCUGCCGCGCGGGCUGCCGCUGAUCGUCCUCUUCCUCGUGCAGCUGCGUCAUCGUGUCAUCUGGGCUUCUCUAGAGAGUGCCGAGAUGUCCGAUAGAUUGGAGAACGUUACGCAGACAAUUUCGAGGAUACUCGACGGCUACGAUAUUCGAUUAAGACCGAACUUUGGUGGUGAUCCAUUACGAGUUGGAAUGGAUCUCACCAUUGCGAGUUUCGAUGCAAUUUCAGAAGUCAAUAUGGAUUAUACGAUAACGAUGUACUUAAAUCAAUAUUGGAAAGACGAAAGACUCGCCUUUUCGCACGAGGGUGAAGUCCUGACGUUAAGUGGCGAUUUCGCGGAAAAGAUUUGGGUCCCGGAUACGUUUUUUGCCAAUGAUAAAAAUAGCUUUUUGCACGACGUUACCGAGCGCAACAAACUCGUUAGAUUAUCUGGUGACGGCUCGAUCACAUACGGCAUGAGAUUCACAACGACUCUGGCCUGCAUGAUGGAUUUGCAUUACUAUCCCCUCGAUUCACAAAAUUGUACAGUUGAAAUCGAAAGCUAUGGAUACACGGUGCUUGAUGUACUAAUGUAUUGGAAGGAAACUCCCGUUCAUGGAGUUAAGGAGGCGGAAUUACCGCAAUUUACGAUUAUCGGCUAUGAGACCAACGAUCGAAAGGAGAAGCUGGCGACUGGCAUCUAUCAGAGGCUCUCGUUAAGCUUCAAACUUCAGAGAAACAUCGGAUAUUUUGUUUUUCAAACGUAUCUGCCGAGUAUACUAAUCGUGAUGCUUAGCUGGGUCAGUUUCUGGAUCAAUUAUGAAGCUACCAGUGCAAGAGUAGCUCUUGGCAUCACGACCGUUCUAACCAUGACAACCAUAUCGACAGGUGUUAGAAGCUCACUGCCACGGAUCAGUUACGUGAAAGCUAUUGACAUCUACCUGGUGAUGUGCUUCGUUUUCGUGUUCGCGGCCUUGUUAGAAUAUGCGGCGGUCAAUUACACGUAUUGGGGCGCCAAAGCGAAGAAGAAGAUUAAAAAGAAAGAAAUCGAUGAGAAGAAAAUACUAUCUUCUAAAACAGGGAGCAAAGUCAGUUCGCCUUUUCCUGGCUCCACGGACGCGGAUAUCAUAGAACUUCAGGACCUCAGAAUGUCACCUCUGCCGAGCAUUAGAAAUAGGUCAGGGAUAGUCAGCGCUUCAUCGACUUUGGGAGCUGGAAGGGACCAUGACCCGGCCAAGUUUCCGCCGAGUUUUCGUAUGUCCAGGACUGCCGCUUACAAUACGCAUAGUCGAAACAGCGGUCUUAGAUACAGAGGUCCAAGACCGCAUAAGCCAAAGAUGUUACACGUUCUACGUAGAGGAGCUUCCGUGUUACGUGUGUCAAUGCCGAAGAUCAAGGAUGUGAACGUGAUAGACAAAUAUUCGCGAAUCAUCUUCCCAGUCAGCUUCAUGCUGUUUAAUGCCGUGUACUGGAUCUUCUACUUCUUCUGA